AUUUUUUGCCGAGCUGGCCAGUCAAUUUGAGGAACGCUAUUGUGUAUUCUACGUAAUGACGCAGUUUUACGUUAUCACGCAAUGACAUCACAACGUUAUUUAGCAACAAAUCAACCUGCCUCUAGCAACUUACCCUGAAAAUUAGUUGGCAAAACUGCGCUGGCAUGCCAAGGGUUAAUCCAAGAUGGCCGGGUUUACGGGCUCAUGCUUUUUAUGUUUUAAAAUUAAGGUGUCACGUAUCGCAUCGUUAUUAAGUAAAAGAACCGAGGUGAGGAGGCAUACAGUAUGUAGAACAUUCACCACUGGAUCCACCACCCGACAACAAAAGCUAUCAAGCCCGAGGGGUAGUAUUUGUAGGUAUUCAACUGAAUCUUCAAUCAAUGGUUGUACGGCCCUGUUGUACAGAAACCACGGCGACCCGUCUCAAGUUGUUCAGUUGGAGAGCAUGGAGCUUCCCUCUGUUGGUGCUAAGAGUGUCCUUGUAAAAUUGUUGGCAGCCCCCAUCAACCCUUCUGACAUAAACAUGAUCCAAGGUACCUAUGCCAUCCUACCUGACCUUCCAGCAGUAGGAGGAAACGAGGGGGUGGCCCAGAUCCUGGAAGUGGGCAGCCAGGUGAAAGCACUUAGACCAGGGGACUGGGUGAUCCCAAGAGAUGCUGGAUUAGGGACGUGGAGGACAGCAGCGGUUUUAGCUGAAGACGAUGUGAUCUCUCUGCCCAAUGACAUCCCCCUGUUCUCUGCAGCCACGCUGGGGGUUAACCCCUGCACUGCUUUUAGGAUGCUCUCUGACUUUGAGGAGCUGAAACCAGGUGACACAGUGAUCCAGAAUGCAGCCAACAGUGGUGUGGGCCAGGCUGUCAUACAGAUCGCUGCUGCAAGGGGGAUCCAAACCAUCAACGUGGUCAGAGACAGGCCAGACCUCACACAGCUUAUUGACAGGCUGAAGGCUAUGGGCGCCAGUCAUGUGAUCAAAGAGGAGACCCUGAGGCGGCAUGAAAUGAAGGAACUUUUCAAGACCUGUCCAAGGCCAAAGCUGGCACUGAACGGAGUUGGGGGAAAGAGUGCAACAGAACUCCUCCGUCACUUACAGUACGUAUUCAGAGUUGGAGGGUCGAUGGUGACUUAUGGAGGGAUGGCCAAGCAGCCAGUCACUGUUCCUGUGAGUGCCCUGAUCUUCAAAAAUGUGAAAGUCAAAGGGUUCUGGGUCACCCAGUGGAAGAGAACCCACUCUCAGGAUGAGGGGGCCUUACGGGGAAUGCUGGAUGAGCUCUGCUCCCUGAUCCGCCAGGGAAAGCUGACCGCACCUGCCUGUUCCGAGGUAGGCCUCCAAGACUUCCGGAAAGCACUGGACACUGCCAUGCAGCCGUUCACCUCAGCCAAACAGGUCCUGGUCGUGUGACCCCUCUUUUGACCAGCCCCAGCCAUUAGGUACCAUAUGGAAGAAAACGGACAAACUUAAGGGACUACCUGGACUUGUCCAAUAAAGUGUUUGCACUGGGUGUCCAAUUGAAUACGACUCUACAUACGAAACGAAGUCCCGGCACAUUCAACGGGUGCAGUACCAAGGCUGCUGCUUCAUCGUUGUCGGGAAAUGCGUUGCUCAAGCACACGUUCAAUAAAUGUGUGUUUUACGUAGCGGCUCAAAGUCCACUACAUAUGUUAUCGGCACCACUUUAAGUCAUCUUUCCUGACAACAGUUAAUGGAAAUUAUUUCAGAAUGGUCAUUGAUUCCUUGACAACUUAUGUAUUGUCUACAGGUUUGUUUCUCCUGAAUGGUAACAUUGUUAUAUCCUGGUCCUAGAUUGGUUUGUUCUUUUUGUGCUUAUGGAACAUUUCUGCUCAAUUGAACAUGGGACUAACACUUCGCAUGUUGCGUUUUUAUAUUUUUUUGUUCAGUGUAAAUCAAAACUAGUUUAACACAUUAGCUUAUCAAUUGAGAAUGUGAAGUAAAGAAACAGCACAUGC